AUACAUCAAAGAUUAUAUCGGUAGUGUCUAAUAUACUGAGAGAGCAAUAAAUAAUGAAUGUCUGGCGGCGUAGACAACUGAGUUGAGAAAAAAUCGAAUAACGGAUAAUUGGUUUUAUAAAUAUAAAUAAUGAAGUAAACCCUAAAACACAGACAAGCGUUGGAUUGCAGUUGCCGCCGGAGUUGGCCGUGUCGUCGUCGUCGUCGUUUUUCUUUUUUUGAUAUAAAUGGCUGAGAGUAGCAAAGAGCUUCUUCGAUUAGAGCACAAUGGAAAGGGAACACCCCUUUCUUCAUUAGAAAGCGCUCUUCUUGUUUGUGAUAAUAAUAAUAAUAUUCAUAAAAAAGAAAAAGAAUCAAACACUAAUGGAACCUCUCUCACUGCCCCACUUCCUCCCUCCCAACUUUUAGGGAAGGUUAAAGAUUUCCUAGGACUGAUGUCAGAAGCAAAUAAGCGGCUCGAACUCGAUGCAAAGGAGCAUCCAGAGAAAUAUGAUAUUGAAGAGCUAUCUGGAAAUGAAUCCGAAGUUAUUGAAAUGGAUUUGAUGCUUGGUGUUGCUGAUCUUCAUACACCUGAGGCUGUGGCUGCCGCAGAGUCAGCUAUUUCCAGUUGUCAGCCUGUGAUUUCGUUGGCAGCUGACGGUAGGGAAAUAGAAUCAGAAGAAGAAAGUAGUGAUGAUGAUGAUGAUGAUGAUGAUGAUGAUGAUAUUGUCGAUGAAUGUGAUAAUGGAAACGAUGGUAAACAGCCUAUGUCCCUUGAUCAAAAACCUAGUUCUGGUAGAGAUGACGCUCAUGAAAAACAGAAGAGAAAUCCUAGUUCCAAAAAACGUCCAGCGAUAGUCGAGUUAUCAUGAGGGCCAAGCUGGUUACGAGGGUUAGAUGACUGUCUUGUAUUAUGACAAUCAGUAUACUGAGAUAUGUAUGCAACCAGAAUCACAACAUUUAUACUUUUUUGGGUUUCAAAUUUAAGAUAUAUACUACUUUAGAUAUAACUAUAGAAGCCAAAAUAAAUUAUAUAACAAUGGGAAAUGUUAAAUUUGCUGAUGUAUAUGAUGUCUAUGCUGGUAAGGUAAUUAGUCUCGCUACUGCGCUGUAGUUGAGUACAUUAAGGUUUGUCUGAUUGUAAAGGUCAAUCAGAACGAUAUUCUGUGAAACAUUUCAA